AUUUUUUAUCUAAUCGUCGCGUUCGGUCUUCCGGCCGACCAUGGCCUCAUUCUAAGAAAUUUGAUGUAGAACACGGAUCUCAUCAUGUGGAAGUAUGUGUCGCGUCGCAUCAGAGAUACUUUUGAACGAAGUGUCAACCAUUUCGACAAACGCAGCGCCGCUGGGGUUGUGAACUCUGCUACCAAUGCUUCUGAAGAUAAGACCAAUCGAUCAGCUCCUUGCUGUUGGUUCAGCUCCCAAAAAUGCUGGAAAUCAUUUAAAGGCGACAAUGAUACUAACAGCAAGCGCUGGAACUUUGAUCAACUCAAUCGCACUUGGAUUGGUGCCAUAACAUGGAGUAGUGCGUUGGUAGUGGGAUGGUACGCGAGUCAGCUGUUGCAUCUGAAAUACAAGUAUCAUAAGAAUAAACAUCACAAAAGCGGCUUGACUAUACAGAACUUGAUUUCUACAUUGCAUCCUUAUGUUAAACAUGUUGACGCAGAUGCAGUAUGCUUAAAUUCUGCUACAAAUGUUGGGAAGAUUAUAGAAAUAUUCACACCCACUGUGUACUUAAUUUCAAAUGACCAAAACAAUUCAAGCAAUGAAAGAACUACCAGUACCUCCACUGACACUGAUACUGACACAAAUUCCAGUGAUGGGGACUUAGGACAAGUUCUGAACUCAAUUGAGAACAGACUUGGAUUGGCUGCCAUUGAAAAUGGUCAACUGCAAGAUGGACUUAACUUGCUAAGGUCUGCUGCUAACCGAAACCAUGCACCAGCCCUGUACAAUUUAGGGCUGUGUUAUGAAAUUGGUAUUGGUGUUACCAUUGACGAGAAAGCUGCAAUGGAGUUGUAUCGUUCUGCAGCUGCUCUGGAACAUCCAGGUGCUUUAUACAACUUGGGAAUUUACUACGGGCAGGGCAGAGGUGGGCUCACACGCGACAUUGGAACUGCAACACGACUGCUCAAACUAGCAGCAGUUCAAGGCCAACAAGAUGCUGUUAAUGCUCUAAAAUCACUUGAUGUAGAACCAGCAAACUCUUCAAUGCGAAACAACAGCACUUGGAAUUAUCAGUAUCCUCCCUAUGCACACAAUGACAACAUUGUCCCAACUUUUACAAAUCUUUUUGUUGAAAAUGUGAACUACACCCAGGAACAAAAUUGUCAUGCAACAGUUUAUUGACAAGUAAGAAAGAAUACUUUUCCAUGAAAUUGGUUAUCUUAGUGGUGGAGGUAUAUUUUGUUGUUCCUUUUUCAUGUGCAUUUGCUAAUAAUUAUAUUUGUGAAUAAUUUUGAUCUGCUGGGCCAUAAAUAUUAAUAAAUAGCUUUCAAUGUGAUGUCUCAAUGUUGUCAGCCUCUAGUCUUUAGUACUUAUGAUAUUGACAAGAACAAUUCAUGCAAAGAUGGAAAUGCACAUUAGUGUUUAGGAAUAAGCUAGUAAUUGAUGAUCAUAUGGCGUCAUUUAAUUUAACAAAUAUGUCAUUUCAUGACCAAAAAUUUUAAUAGACAGAAAACUUCCAAGUAACAGAGCCAGUAAUACUUUCCUUGGACAUCCUGGGAUUUUUGUAUUGUAUUUUGUUCUGUAUUUACAAUUGUCAGCAACUUAAUUAUGGUAGUGUUUUUAAUAGAAUAGUUUUGUUAUUGUAAGUAUAAAUAGAACUCUUUUGGAUUUUUUUCCUUUUAUUUUUAGUCUUUUCAGGAUUCCAGAAGCAUUACAUGAAGUUUAGGUUCUCUGUCUAUUAUGAUUUCUGUUCAUGGCUAACAUAGAAUCUUAUUAACACCUUUGUGUUUCAGUUGUGGUAGUUAUCUAAGGUGAAAUCAAAUUUCAUUUUGACCAGUAGUGUCCAUCAACAUAAUGUUAUUUUAUAGUGUUGUAGAA